AAAUGAAGCAUGUUCAUGUACAUGUUAUUUGUCCACUACCAAAACACAGUCAGGAGGAUUCUGACAGCAUGCAUGACGUUUAGCUGUGGGCAGCGACUAGUUAGUGCGCACUAGUGAGACCCGCCUCCUUUAAUUUUCGCUCUAUAACACACGGUUCCCUCACUGCAUAACACUGAGGCUGUCUGUAUGUCUGUUCUCAUGUUAUUCAGCAGAUGAAUCACAUCUUAGCACUGGUUCUGCUUCAGACGGUGUGAGGUCGCUGUAGCCUGAUAUAACGUUACCGGUCAUCUGUUACGUCCUCUGGAAACGUCUCUGCAUGGAAUAACGUCCACACGCUACUGUCAUGCUAGAAACAGAUCGCAAUUGUGGAUUUGCAAGAUUGGAGGAAUGAUGAAUGAAUAAAAACACAGCGACGUGGAUAAUCGACAAACGCUGUGUAUCAAACCGUGAGCAAUUGUCUUGAAUAAUCUGUCAAUAACAAGCGUUCAAGACGGACGGCGUCCAGGAGCACAGAGGGAGAACCCGCGCGAACAUGAGGGAACGGGACUUCAUGCCAAACAUGGAACGGGGCAAACCGGCCACAUACACGGGAGACAAAAAAGCUAAAAUGGCUGCUAAAACCAAUAAAAAGUGGGUGAGACUGGCAACUGUAUUCGCAUAUGUCUUGUCGGUGUCUUUGGCUGCUAUAAUACUGGCAAUUUAUUACAGUUUGAUAUGGAAACCGACGUCUGCAUCUCUGUCUGGACGGUCAGAUGUUUUGGUGACGGCUGCAAUUAAGCCCAUAAACACAAAUAACAUCACAAGUGAUGUACCAACCUCGAACAAGAUGAAUAAUACACCACUGGUCAGCCUGAGAUCGACAGAGACCCCCUCGUAUGCCCACUCUACUUCUUCAUAUAGACUACAACACUGGGGUGAUACUAAAGAUCAUGAUGGCCUUCUCAAUAUCCCCACAACAAAAACAAAUACUGACCAAACAGGAACAUUUGACUCAGCACACAUUCAUGAAAAACCAGUACGUUUUAGUACAGUAAAAGUUAACCAUGUGUCAGAAACUAGUGUUCUUGUAGCAGGUGCAUCAAGUGAACCUCCUCUGGCCCAUGGAGCCACAUCUUCUACUAAACAAAACGGCAGUUCUGGGGUUGGUGCCACUGAGGAACAGCCAAACAUGUGGGAUUCAGCCUCUCCCACAACUGACCAAGAAUCAUGGACAAGCUACAGUGCGAGACCUGACGUCUCCUCUUUGACAGAACAUGGUCUGGAAUUAAUGGAGGGCUCGUCUCCUUUGCAAGAUGAGUUGGUUACCAAGGACACAGAGGAUGCAGCAAGUGGAGUGUGACACCAGAUUAUUUGUGUGGCACGUAAUUAUAUGACAUUAGCUGUGAUGACUGUGCAGCGAGAGAAAUAACAACUGCCAAUGUGAGAGAAGUCAUCGCACAGUUUAUACUGAUUUGUUUCUAUUUAAAGGACAGAAACUGUGCUGACCUACCUGCUUUAAAAAAGCUUAUUUAAAAGUUGUUACAUUAAAGAGUGCAAUAGAUGGGUUCCGAAAGUAAAAAUCCCAUUCAUUUUCUAGACUGAGGAAUUGAUUUAGAAUGAUUACUUUCAAGCCUUUUAAGACAGACCUACUGUGAGCUACAAGGUUUUUAACUUACAUGCUUAAAAAAAAAAAAAAAAAACAUCAGACUGCACUAUUUCAAAUUUUUUUUAUUUUUUUUUUUUAUAAUUGUUUAUCAGCAGGAUUCUUAGUGUAAAUCUACAUUACCCACGAUUCUGAAAAGAAAACUUCACCAAUCAGAGAAUUGCAUUAAGCAAAUUGCCCCUCCAAAAGCUGUUUUGCAAUCCAGUCACUCUCCAAUUAUUUCUCAUAAUUUUUAAAUGAUGUCAUUUGCAAUGCUUCUUUCCCAUAUUAAAACUGUCAAGUAUACAGUCUUGUACCAUUUUGACAGAUUUUCAAAGAAUUUUUUGUUUCAAAUCAAGAUUGUAAUGAUGUUUUUCACCUUGUGGUUGAUUUGGUCAAUGGCUUAGAACUCUUCGAUGAAGACUUAUUUUUUUAAUUCAUUGGAAAAAUUAAUGGGAAAAAAACUUCCGGAACCAAGGCUGCUGAAAAAAUGGGUAAGCACUGUGGCAUAAUUCAUUUGCAACUAAUCACAGACAUGCUCAUAUUCAGAAUAACAGAACAAUUAUGUGAUAUAGCUUUUAUAAAACAGUUCUAUAAACCUUCAGUUAGUAUCCAGCAACCUACAAUUUAAACAAAAGUUUGCUAGUUAGUGUGUAUAUCUCUUUCCAGUGACAGUAGUUCCAAAAUAUGUCAAAUUUGACAAAGUAGUACACGGACACAGCUCCACAUUCAUUCCUGCUUUUCUAAACAUAGACAAGUGGGGUGAUACAAAAUUUGUAAAAAAUUAAAACACAGUGCCGUUAUACUAAAUAUAAAGUCCUGGAACACUUCUUCAAAUCAACUCAAGGAUAAAAAUUAACUGUUGUAUAAUGGAUUGAUAAAGAUUGUGGUUAAGCGAUAGGAUCAUGGUUCUUGAGAUGUCUUUUUGAACAACAGGAAAAUAAGCCAUUCUCGUCACCAACAAUCCUUCAGUAGCAUUUAUUUUAUUGUGUAGUAAUUAUGAGCAACUUAAACACUGUUUAAAGCAACUUAAAACACUUUGCCUAUAGAGUUCAGGAAUGCUCAGGAAUGGAAUAUGUCUGAAUGUAGAAAACCUGGCAAGUAGGAAAUAUUCACUGUGCAAACUCACCCAUGUUGACAUUUUAACUGUCUUUUAUAAAUCAGUGUUUGUUGAGCAAGAUAUAUAGUAACUGAAAUAUGAUGUAUGAAUAAACACAUAUUUUUCAUUCAGUGCAAUGAUUAUUAAACCAGAAAUGUGUCCACCUUAAGUGACUUCUUACUAAAAAGGCAUAAAGCAGUUUUCUGAAAUGGAGUGGUUAUGACUGUUUAAAAGGGGCACAUAUUUGGGAAUUAAACUUGUCCUGUAUUAUUAUUAUUAUACAAAGUCAUGCUUUCACUUUGAAAAUUCCAUGAAAACUGAUUUUUAAUGAUUCUGAAUAAAAAAGGCAUCAAGUGAAUAAAAGUUUGAGGAAUUAAA